AUGCAAUCGCUGGACACGUAUGUGAUGCCAGUCAGUCCUGCAAGUGGACCGCAGGCGGCGGCGGCGGCGGUGGACUCUGUCCCUGCAGUGAACAAGGCUCAAGGUCAUGUACCGGCAUGCUUGGUAAACGCCUCAAUAACGUACUGCGGCAAUGACACUAUCUAUGCCUUCGGCGGCUUUGACCAAUACACCGACGAAGUGUACAACCACGUGCUUCGUCUGGACUUGAAUACACUAAGAUGGGAGCUGGUGGACAACUUUGGGGACAUACCGGGCGUUCGGAUGGGGCAUACGGCUAGCUUAUAUCAAGGGAACAAGUUGAUUAUUUUCGGAGGAGAGAACGAGCACCGAGAAUAUCUAUCUGAUGUUAUAAUUCUUGACCUCGACACCUUCCACUGGACCCUGCCUCAGAUUUCGGGCACAAUUCCUCGUGGUCGAGCGCGCCAUGCUGCUGUCAUCCACGACCACAAAUUAUUCAUUUCGGGAGGUGUGACUGGUGAGAAUGGCGUGAUUCUGGAUGACCUGAGCUAUCUGGACUUGCAAACUUGGACGUGGUCCCGAACAUGGAGUUUCAACGCUCGGUACGAUCACACCGCUUGGAUCUGGGGCAACCGUCUUUGGAUCUUCGGAGGACUCGAUCCAAACAUGGAACGAACUUCGGACAUUUGGUGGCUAGAUCUUAAGGGUUCGCCUUCUCUGACCGGCAUGAAAUCAACUCCUGGUACCGACCGUCUCUCGCGGCUGUAUACGCCAUCCACUCAUUUCUCAGAACCUACUUCCAGUCCCACCUCCCAACAGCUUUCGCCUCGCUCGGGGGUGUAUCCUGCAAAUUCGGCCAGUGUUCAAGUGCGCAACCUCAGUCGUCGAAAGCCUCUUGCCCCGGGUGCAAUUUCCUCCAUGCGAUUUGUGUCUGGACCAAACGUUCCCCAACAAUUAUCCGGAACACACUUUCAAUCAUUCACUUCCGGGGCUUUGCUGAAUUUUAUUACUCCGUCGGAGACUGUGCGUCCGCAGGACUGUAGCCUCUCGGCGCUUGAUCUGAAUGCGUUACGAUGGCAGCGGCUGGCUGAUGGGUCAGAAAUCUUCCGGCCCGGGUUCCGCUGGCAUUACUGUAUUUUCAAUGAAACAGGGACCAAGGCCUGGCUGCUGGGAUGUAGCCUCGACUUGGCUAAUGUACCAGGGGCUAGUGACGAAAACCACAUGAGUCAAGUACUGGCCAUUGACCUUGAAAAGUAUGGGGUCCUCGGCAACAAUCUUUCCAACGACGCUCCCCUGCAGGGUGUCUCAUGGCCAGAUGACCGACCAGGGCAGUCACCUGUCUCGGGCCUCGGGGCGGACCUUGCAGCGGUCUUCGACCAAUCUCCUGAAUCCGGGAGUGGCGCAGACUUUGUUGUUACCGCCAUACGUGACGAUCAUGACACCUCUGUCUCAGAUGACCUGGGGAACAGCUCAGCCGGUUCCCCCGCUCACGCUCAGUGCACCUUUGUGGAGCCCACGGCUGCUACAUCGGAUCCAAUACACGUGCACAAGAUCAUCCUGCAGUUGCGGUGGCCGCACUUUAAGCGCCUCUAUGCCGCUCAAAUGGCCGAGUACCAUGCCAACCGGAUGCACAUCCCUGAGCCCUACUCUGCAGUGCGCGCUUUCUUGUACUACCUUUACACAGACAGCAUCGCUGGUCACCCAGAAUUCUGCUCGAGUGUGGUCGACGUAGCGGGUAUGCUGGUGAUGGCCAAUCUCUAUGACAUGCCCAAGCUUCGCCUGUUGUGCGUAAAUCGGCUGAGCUCUGAACUUGACGUGGAGAAUGCAGCCAUUGUUUGGGAGCGCGCGGGCCGUACUAAUGAGCAUUGGUUGAUGCGCCGCGCGGCACAGUUUUGCUUGACUCACUGGGGCCGAAUUGUUCGCACCGAUGGCUUCAAAUCCCUCAGCCAUGAGAGCUUGAUCAAGCUCUGUGAAGUGGUUGAUACCGAGGGUCGCAUUAUUGCGGGACCUGAUCUGGAGAUGGUCAGCGCGUUUGGGGCGGAUACCCACUGUGAUCGGGACUCCAGGCCUGCCCACAACCGGUUAGCUUCCGGAGUGAGCUUAGAUGAGGAAUCCGAGGAUGAAGAUAUGGUCCUCACAUGA